AUGGCACGGAUCCACGGUGCAGUUGACGGCGGUUGGUCUGACUGGGGCCCAUGGUCUGGCUGCAGCGUGACGUGUGGAGUCGGGACGGAGACCCGGGACAGAACCUGCACCAACCCUGCACCAGAGAACGGGGGGGCAGACUGUGACGGACCUGCUCAGGAGACACAGGCAUGUGACACGGGGAUGUCUUGUCCAGUUGACGGUGGCUGGUCCGACUGGGGCCCAUGGUCUACCUGCAGCGUGACGUGUGGAGUCGGGACAGAGACUCGGGACAGAACCUGCACCAACCCUGCACCAGAGAACGGUGGGGCAGACUGUGACGGACCUGCUCAGGAGACACAGGAAUGUGACACGGGGGUGUCGUGUCCAGUUGACGGUGGUUGGUCCGACUGGGGCCCAUGUUGA